UCUUCUUGAAGAGGCUUCUCGUUUGCCUCGAUUACUCGGACACUUCGCGUCCAACAACCUUAACCAACCAUACCAAUCCAAUCACAGACAACCUUCCGGAUUCUUCAGGAUUCGCCUUAUACAUUAUAUACCUCUUCAAUCUUCAUCUUCAUACAAAACCCAACUCUCAGAUACAAUUCUUUCUUCUAAAUUCAAAGAAAUUGCUACUGUCUGAGAAAUGAUCCUCUGUUUCUUGGACGCUCUCAAGAACCAGCCGUUUUGGGCUGUUGGGCUCUUUCUUUUGGGAUUUCUAUCCUUCUUUAAGACCUGCAUCGCUCUUCUCAGAUGGGUUUACGUUAGUUUCCUCAGACCCCGCAAGAAUCUCAAGAAAUAUGGAGCUUGGGCGCUGGUGACUGGACCAACUGACGGCAUAGGUAAGGCCUUUGCCUUCGAAUUGGCUCGAGAAGGCCUAAAUUUAGUACUAGUCGGUCGAAACGUGGACAAGUUAGAUGACAUUUCCAGAGAGAUACGAUUAAAAAAUGCUAAAAUCGAGACCAAGACUGUGGUUGUUGAUUUUAGCGGUGAUCUGAGUGAGGGUGUCAAGAAGAUUGGAGAGGCAAUUGAAGCAUUGGAUGUUGGAAUCCUGAUAAAUAACGUGGGAGUUUCAUAUCCUUAUGCAAGAUAUUUCCAUGAGGUGGACGAUGAAUUGCUGAAGAAUUUGAUUAAGGUCAAUGUGGAAGGCACUACAAAAGUCACUCAAGUUGUUUUACCUGGGAUGAUCGGGAGAAAAAGAGGUGCAAUUAUCAACAUUGGCUCUGGUGCUGCAACCGUUAUUCCAUCAGAUCCUCUCUAUGCCGUUUAUGCUGCUUCUAAAGCAUACAUUGACCAAUUUUCCAAGUGUCUUCACUCGGAAUACAGGAGUAAAGGAAUUGACGUCCAAUGCCAGGUUCCACUGUAUGUUGCAACGAAGAUGGCAUCAAUUAAAAGAUCUUCCUUCUUUGUUCCGUCCUCAAAUGGUUAUGCACGAGCAGCUCUGCGCUGCAUCGGCUAUGAACCCCGCUGUACACCUUACUGGCCACAUUCGCUAAUCUGGAAUCUCAUAUACUUGUUGCCAGAAUUUGCUGUAGAUGCAUAUCGUUUCAAGUUUUGCCUUGGUGUUAGAAAGAGGGGACAACUUAAAGAUUCUAGGAAGAAUCAAUAGUAGAAUUAAUCAUGCAGCUCUUUUGGUCAUAUAUUUUAAGCUUGAAAUUGUACCGCAGUUCUUUUCUCCACGAUGAAUUCCCCUACUACAUUAUAUUGUUUCUUAUUUUCUGUGUGAAUUUCCAUGAGUCGAAAUGCAUAUAUAUAUUUGUAU